AUGGAGGUGCAGCUGGGCUUAGGGAGGGUCUACCCCCGGCCCCCGGCCAAAACCUUUCGGGGAGCGUUCCAGAACCUGUUCCAGAGCGUGCGCGAAGUGAUCCAGAACCCGGGCGCUCGGCACCCCAGUGCACCCGCGGGCGCAGCACCCCCCGGCGCCCGUCUCCUGCAGCAGCAGCAGCAGCAGCAGCAGCACCACCACCACCACCACCAGCACCAGCACCACCAGCAGCAGCAGGCGCCCCAACAGCCUCAGCAACAGCAAACCAGCCCCCGGCAGCCGCAGCCACCAGCCCAGCAGCAGGCGCCCGACGAUGGCUCGCCCCCUACCCCGAGCCGAGGCCCGGCCGGCUACCUGGCUCUGGAGGAGGACUCUCAGUCUCAGCCUUCCCAGCCACCGCCUUCGGCCGAGAGCCGCUCGGAGAACGGCUGCGUCCCGGAGCCCGGACCGACUGCGGCCGGCGGCAAGGGGCUGCAGCAGCCGGUGGCGGUGGCGGCGGCAGCGCCAGACGACGAUGACUCAGCUGCCCCGUCCACUUUGUCCCUGCUGGGCCCCAGCUUUCCGGGCUUGAGCAGCUGCUCCACCGACCUGAAGGACAUUCUGGCCGAGGCCGGUACCAUGCAGCUCCUGCAGCGGCAGCAGGAGGCAGCGGCGGUGGCUGAUGCAGGCAGCGGCAGCCGGGCGCGGGAAGGAGCCGGGGGCUCCGCUUCCUCCAAAGACAACUACCUGGGGGGCACCUCGACCAUCUCGGACAGUGCCAAGGAGCUGUGCAAGGCCGUGUCCGUGUCCAUGGGCUUAGGCGUGGAAGCUCUCGAGCACCUGAGCCCUAGCGAGCAGCUGCGCGGGGACUGCAUGUACGCCCAGCUGCUGGGGGGCCCGUCGGCGUCGCGCCCCGCGCCUCCCUGCGCCCCCCUGGCCGACUGCAAGGGCUCGCUGCUGGACGACGGCUCGGCCAAGGGCGCCGAAGAAGCCGCCGACUACCCUGCCUUCAAGGGCAGCUACGCCAAGGCACUGGACGGUGAGAGCCUGGGCUGCUGCGGGGGCAGCGGCGGCGGUGGUGGCGGCGGCGGCGGCGGCAGCGGUGAGGCUGCAGGCGCCGGUCCGCUUGACAUGCCGUCCACUCUGACCCUCUACAAAGCCGGCUCCUUCGACGAAGCGACCACCUACCAGAGCCGCGAUUACUACAACUUUCAGCUGACCCUGGCCGGGCCGCCCCCUCCCCCGCCUGCACACCACCCGCACGCCCGCAUCAAGUUGGAGAACCCGCUGGAUUACGGUAGCGCUUGGGCCGCUGCCGCCGCUCAGUGCCGCUACGGGGACCUGGCCAGCCUGGCCCACAGUGGGGGCGCCGCGGCGGCCGCGGCUGCCGCCUCUGUGGGCCCAGGUUCGGGCUCGCAGUCUGCGGCUGCCUCGUCUUCCUCCUCCUCCUCGUCCUCUUCCUCCUCCUGGCAUACUCUGUUCGCCUCCGAGGAGGGCCAGCUCUAUGGGCCGUGCGGUGGCGCCGCCGCAGCCAGCGAGGCAGCUCCCGUAGCCCCCUAUGGCUACCGGGCAGCUCAGGGGCUGGCGGGCCAGGAGACCGACUUCCCUCCUCCCGAGGUGUGGUACCCCGGCGGCGUGGUGAGCAGGGUGCCCUAUGCAGCCCCGGGCUGUGUCAAGAGCGAGCUGGGUCCUUGGAUGGAGGGCUACUCGGGGGCCUACGGAGACAUGCGGUAA